CCUCUACGCCAGCAGAGACGGACAGUACUUGUGAGCCGCCGAUCCGAUCCGAUUAUCUAGGAUUUACACCGUUACUUUGAGGAACCUUUAUUCUACUCUAGACCCGCAAACAGUAGUAGGCGUUGCUUCCGGAGCCCCCCCUACCAUCCACGACCAUCACACCGGGAACGUACCCCCGCGAGACACAGGUGGCACACCACCGUGCUCUGUUCCUAGGCUCUCGCCGACUAACGAGAGUGCAACUGCAGUUGGCGGCCGACUUGUGCACGGUUCACGGGGAACGCGGAGAACGUGCUCGUUCCGUCUCGCGGUAGUUUCGGGAAGAUCAAGAAAGAAAGAGAGAUGAGACUCAUAAUUCUAGUCCCAUUUAUCAUGGCUAUUCUGACGGGAGCCUCGGCGCAGAAUUUCAGGCAUUUCUUCGGGGGAUUUAGCCCUUAUAUCCAGGCCGCGAGAGAUCCGAGAUCGAAUAGAGGUCCAGUAUUAUUCCCACCUGGGCCGCCACCUAAUUCAGCUGACUCUAGUGGUGUCAUCGUGGGCGCGAGCGGAUAUGGAUUUGUGCCACCCUCCGCAGGUUACGUCACUUAUUUAUAUUACUAAACGUCGAACGAUAGCAAAAGGAUGACAAUUUAAAGAAGUUCAAGAUUUGGGACGUCACGGCUCGCAGAUUUUAAUUAAAAUAAUUGUGGUAAAUUCAUAGCGUUACGCGAUGACACGUAGCCAUUAAAAGAAGAACGAAUCUAGAGUAAUUUAACAAUAGCUUUUCUAUUCAUGAUUAGAGGCGUGAGAAUACUUCCAUCUCUUAACUCCUUGCUGGAUUACAUAAAGUUCUCAAGAUAAGAGAAACUAUUAGUGCAAUACAAAUAGAAUAAUGUAAGUAUGUCAGGAUGCAAUAAAGAAUUUCAAAUGAACCGUUCCUUCUCAAAGCAUAAUGAAUAACAAGUAUUAAUGCAAAAAGUGAAAAUUUUACGAAACAGCAUAAAAAGUAAACGAAAUUCAUAUUUUCUUAUCUCUUUAAUUAAAGAUUAUUUAAAAUCAAUCUAUUAUAAAUGGCAUCAAUAAAAUUAAAAUUGAUAUUAUGCUCUCCACUUGGUCUAACGCCGCGAUAAUCCCGUAUAAGGCAACAAGAACGUCCGUUGCAUAUAAUAAAGUCUACGAAAGUACAAGUCGUAUUUUAUGAUGCAUUAUAUUACGGGUACUCGCGCCUUUGCGUGGCAAUAACGUUAAGGCGUGUACAAAUAAUAGCAAGCAGAAAGCAUUGUAUACGACAGUGCAAUCCUAGAACAAAGCGAGCGACGGUGAAUUGCGAUCCGCUCCGGUAUUACAGUUGAGAUAUUCAUAAAAACAAGAUUGGUAAAUAUAAGCGGAUCCGCGCUCCGCUGAAUUUAUAAAAUCACUAAAACCAGUGGUAGGUUUUACUUACUGGUAAGUUAUUUAUUGCGACUGCAAUAAAUGGCGAUUUAAUUAAGUGUAGAUAGCCUUUUUUGGGGCGAAUAGCCGUAAUGCGAUCCCAAGACCGAUCCGUGUUCAAAAUGUUACCGCUAUACAGAACGAUACAGUUUGACAAGUAAUACGUAACGUUGCAUGUAAAUAUAGUAUAUCUUAUGGUGCAGAGUAAGAGAGAAAUGGACAGAAGUCGCGAAUCUCUCUAUGAGAAACUAUUGCAUUUAAUUCCGUGAUCUAAUCGCGAUUUUUUUUUAAUAAGAUAACAUUUUACACAUUUUAUAUUUUUUAAUUGAGAUAACGUUUCACUUAUCACGUUCUCGAUUAAUUUAAACCGCAUUCGCCAGAUUUAAUCGCGUGGUACACACUAGCGAAAAAUAUGUAAAUUCGCAACUUUAUCGAUCCAUGACACCAAAAAUGUCAUACUUAGAAAGCGUCCUAGAUAUAAUUCCCAUUUGUACAAUUUUCUGGGGACAUAUAAAUAUGGCCGAUCUUAGAAGAUUUUUGUAAGAAUUUUUGUAAGAAACAUGUAAAUAUAUUAUGUAAUCUAUAAAAGUGGAAUAAAAA